AUGCUCCUCUUACUCUCUUUCACCGCCAUCCUUUCUGCAGGCUGCACCAUGGAGAUGAACCAGACCUCCGAGCUGCUUUCUGACGGCUUGGAGCAGUGCUCAGCCUGCGACUUCCGAGAACACAGCAAGCAGCUGAGGCUCCACAGCAUCAGGUCCCAGAUCCUCAGCAUCCUGCGGCUGGAGCAGGCGCCCAACAUCAGCAGGGACAUGAUCCGCCAGCUCAUCCCCAAGGCGCCUCCUCUGACACAGCUGCUGGACCAGUACGACCCACGGGUGGAGGACGCGGAGCACACCACUACCGAGACCAUUAUCACCAUGGCAACAAAGCCAGGUCCCGUCUCCCCAGAGGAGAUGUCUUCCUGCUGCCUGUUCAGCCUGAGUCCAAAGAUCCAGCCUAAGAACAUCCUGAGCGCACAGCUGUGGGUUCACCUGCGUCCAUCCAACAUCCACACCAGUGUCUUCCUCCAGGUGUCACGCCUCAGGCCGGCCAGGGAGGGGAACACCACCAGGGUGCGGGUCCGCUCCCUGAAGAUUGACACUGAAGCUGGAGCCAGCUCCUGGCAGAGCAUUGACAUCAAAUCCCUGCUGCAGGCCUGGCUGCGGCAGCCGGAGGACAGCUAUGGGCUGGAGAUCAAGGGUUUUAACCCUGGAGGAGAAGAUCUGGCCGUGACCUCUGCAGAGCCUGGAGAGGAGGGACUGCAACCGUUCAUUGAAGUUAAGAUCUUGGACAGUUCUAAGAGAUCGCGCCGAGACUCUGGCCUGAACUGUGACGAGGAGUCUUCAGAGACCCGCUGCUGCCGCUAUCCACUCACUGUCGACUUCGAGGAGUUUGGCUGGGACUGGAUUAUUGCCCCCAAACGGUACAGAGCCAAUUACUGCUCAGGGGAGUGCGAGUUCCUUCACCUGCAACAGUAUCCGCAUGCACACCUGGUGAACAAGGCCAACCCGCGGGGCACCGUGGGACCCUGCUGCACCCCUACCAAGAUGUCGCCCAUAAACAUGCUUUACUUCAACAGCAAGGAGCAGAUCAUCUAUGGGAUGAUCAAGUCUAUGGUGGUUGACAACUGUGGCUGCUCAUGAAGCAACCAAAUAGCCUGUGGGAGGUUGAAGGAGACUAAUUCACUGGGAAAAUCAUAAAACUCCUCAAAAGAAGUACAAUUUAAGGAGAUCAAUCGCAGUAGGUUAAAAAGCUUGAUUCAGAUAAAAUGCAACUGACUGAUUGCGGGUCAUCUUUAAGACUAUGCCAGAAACCAUUUACCCCAAUGUAACACAGAAGCUUCAGUAAAUAAUAGUAAAAAAGC